AGCACGAACGACAUUUGAGGUCGCGAAGAUCGCCUCGUGGUCAAUGAUCGAGGCAGACAGCUGUCAGGAAAGCAGAGAAGGGAAGAAGGUCUCUAUGGAUCUGGGGAUCAUUAAGCCCAUGGAAUGAACUGAGUCCUUACUGAAUCUGGCAAGCUGACGGGCAGGUACCCGUCUGACGUCAUCCCCCGCUUCGUCUGCAAAACACUCCAAAUCAUCACAAAAAGCCGCCAGAGAACCUUUACCAUGCAGUCCUUAUAGCAUAUUCUUCUUCGUUUUUCGUUCCUGCUGUGCGCAUUCUUUCUACCUUGAGUUCCUGGCUGAGGAUGGGAUCCUGGCAACAAAAUACUCGGAUAAUGCACUAUAUCGGGGAAUUCGUUGAUCUCGACCCCGACAAAUCCGAUAUGGUCGCUGACUUUAUUUCUCUGAUUGAAGCACUUCGAGAAGGGCUCGCACAAAUCAAUGAUGGUUUUCGCAUACCGGACUCUCAGAUCAAUUUGUUAUUUCUCACCAAGCUCAAAGAGUGUACUGGUUGGAGGGACUGGGCUACGACAUUGCUGCGAGAUAGCCGCAUAAAUGCCUCCAACCCAGAGGACCGGAUGUCAUUCCAAGAGCUGGCGAGUCUGGCCAUGAAGCAGGAAAGACUGCGACAAUUGCCAGGGAAGGGCAGGAAAGAAAACGCAAUCUCAGAGCGAGGCUUUGCGUCUCCGCAGAAGACGUCAAUGGAACCUGAUACUCUGACUCAAGAUGACAUAAACGCCUUUGUCGUCCAGCGAAUGACCCAUGACGAGCAGAUACACAGUCGCAGCAAAAGUGUACGAGGCCACAACAAAAGGCCGAGCCAAGAAGAAAUCAACGACUAUGUGAUUGAACAGAUGCAUCGCGAGCAAGCGGAAAAAUCUCACAGCGGCCAGCAAGCGCGAGCGCAAGCACCACCGAAUCAGCCCCAUCGCGGGCCAAAGCAGUGUUCAUUCUGUGGCGAUAGGCAUCAUCAGAUCACAAAUUGUUGGCGGCGAUGGAGGGUUGCGGUUGAGGCGCCGCAAGGCCAAUUUGUGCCGAGGCGUGCUGAAUACAAGUUUCAAAUACCAGGCCAACCACCUAUGUAUCGCUCCGGUUUCACGCUCUUCUAAAACAUGGCUAUGGCAACAAUAAUUGUUCACGGUGCUUGGAUUCAGGUGCAAAAAUUACCCGACUAAUGAUUGAGUUUCCAGUAUAAGCAUGGCGUCUAGGAGUUCCUCUGAUGG